ACCCGCUAAGUGUGUAACGACAGCCUGGUCACACUCUCAGCAGCAACAAUAAUAAAAAACAGUCUGCGUGGACAAACAUUGAUUAAAAAUGAAUGAGUCCGAGAUCCCCAUCGACAUACACACGCUGAAGCUGCAGGACUGGCUGAUCAGUCGGAGGAUUGUGCCCAAGAAUGUCCAGCAGGAGACUAGGGAGAUCCACAAGAAGAUCAGCAGCGCCUUGCAGGACAUGCCCUCCAAUGAGCAGCUUAUUAAGCUAUUGGCCCGGACAAACAUCAACUACUACCAUGUGAAGGAGAUCAUUGAGAUCCUCAAGAAGACGGAAAAGGACACGAAAAGCGUGUUCGGCACCUACGGCAGCCAGCGCAUGAAGGACUGGCAGGAGAUUAGCCGCCUGUACGAAAAGAAUGCCACCUACCUGGCCGAAACGGCUCAGAUCUUCGUGCGCAAUGUGAACUACGAGAUUCCCGGAGUGCGCAAGCAGAUGGCCAAGCUGGAGCAGCAGGCGGACGAGAGCCAGAAGCGGGCCCACGAUCUGAACAAGCCGGAGACCCAACUCCUGGCCGAGCACUCGGCUCUGCUGGAGCAACUGGGCGUCAAGGGCGACAAUCUGCAUGCCGAGUUCGUCCAGGUCCUAGCUGGUCUGCCGGACCUAUACGCCAAAUCCCUGGCAGACAUUGCCAAGAUUCAGCCGGGCAUCGACCUGUACGCCGAGGUCAGCGGCAACAAGCAGGCGCUGCCCAUCCUGAACCACCUGGUGGAGUUCGGCAACACCACCGUCUACCAGUACAUCCACAAGGAAGCACCCUUGGCCGUUGAGGAGCCACCCAUUCGGCUAAACCUCAGCGAAGGCAUCGCCAGCAAGGAUGACAAUGCUGUUGCUGAGAUUGACUUCGGAACGGACGACAACGGCGGAACUUCGUCGACCGUUUCGGGUGAGAUUAUCGACUACGGGGACUUGGCGGAAAACGACGGCGGCAACAUCGACUGGGGCAUAGAAAGUGCUCCCACCGAUGCCGUCGAAAUCAACUUUGACAUUCCCGUCGAGGAGUACGGAAUCGUGGUGGAAGGCACUGGCAUGGAUGGCGGCACCGCCAAGGGUGAUCAGGCCUACACUUUGCUGGACUCACCCAACUAUCGCGAUCGCUUCCUGGACGAAAUCUACGAACUGGAGUCCUUCCUGCGCAUGCGUAUCUAUGAGCUCAAGCAGUUGGAAUCCUCCAGCGACAUCAUGUUCUCGCUAAUGGACAACAUUGCCACCCACGAUGGGGAGAGCAUCAGGAAAAUACUCGCAUCCGUGGAGAAAAUAAUCCAGCAGACUGCCGACGAGCAGACGCGACACCUCUUCCAGCUGAAGCACUCCCCCAAGUAUGCCAAUCUGCUGGCCACCAAGCUGCAGCAGAUGACGAAGGCCGUGGAGAAGUUGCGAGCCACGCGGGAGGCGCUCAAGACGAGGACCAUCGAGCUGCGGGAACAGCGGCAGGAGCUGAAUCCCGUCCUGGAGGAGCUGAUUGCCCAGACUCGCACUCUGCAGUCGCACAUCGAGAAGGAUAUAUCCAAGCGCUAUAAGAACCGGGUGGUUAAUUUGAUGGGAGGUGUUAACUAAUGUCACGCGUUGGGUGUUUGUUAAAUAAACUAAAAAUGUGAAAGAUGGGCAGGACAAAGAUGGUUUUUGUAAA